AUGCGCCAGCCAUUGUCCGUGCAUGGCUUCCUCCGGUGCAAGAGGCUGAUUCGGGAGAGCGAGUGCACGGACGAGAACGUGACGGCGAGGCGGAAGGAAUUCUGCCCAUCAUAUUUUGCCGAGCUGGUGAGCCCGACGCGUGCUCGCUACGAAGCAAAAAUUAACAUGUGUGACGGUGUUGAUCCGUACACGUUGUGCAGCGGGACCGACACGACGACGGACGUUGACCUGCUACCGGUUACGACGCAUGCUGACAUUUUAAAUUAUUUGUUGCUGUCGAUGAACCACAUAUCGCUUACUGAAAUGAAAGCAUACAAGUCUCUUGAGGCUCACAACUACUUCACAAGUGGCCAGGUAAGUGGCAUGACAGCAAUGCGGCUACCCUCCAACGUCACGAAUGAAUCCAUUCUACUUCAGGUCGGCCACUCCCAGCGCCUGCGAGAAGCUGCACUGAAACCUUGGAUAUUGGCUCGUAGUGACGGAAGCAUAUGCAAAGCACACUGUACCUGCAUGGCUGGUCCAGGUGAAGCCUGCUCCCAUAUCGGUGCAACACUUUUUGCAAUGGAGACAGUAGUGCGCAUCUGAGAGUCAAAGACGUGUACACAAAAGACAAAUGUUUGGCUACCCGCACAACGCUCUGGCACAGAGUAA